AUGGGAUCGAAACCAGACAACCCAGAUCUCUGGCUGGAGCCCCUCACGCCAGAGAAGCACAUGCAAGACUUCCACGAAAUAUGCGCCGACGAGCAAGCAGCCCAAUGGAGCACCCUGCGCCAUACCGAUAGCUUCGAGAGCUCAAAAGCCCUCAUGGAGAAGGCCUUCAUGCACACCGCGAACAAACCGUGGUUCAUCAACCGCGCCGUCAUGUCCUCGAACUACCCAUCGCCCAACAGCGACGGCACCAAGAUGGUCGGUAUCGUCAAGACGGUCCGGGCUUCGCACUGGGGUCUUUCCAUCGGUUACAAGCUGCGCUCCGAUUGCUGGGGCAAGGGGUACGCCACGCGCGCGGUCCAGAUGUUAUUGGACGAGUUCUGGAGUCAGCCGCGCCGGGCGCCGAGGAGAGAGGUUUAUGCAGCUCGUAAACAGGAGGAGGGUGUUGCUGACGACGACGAAGACAUCGAAAUCACGCAUCUCAUCGCGCAGGUGGAUGCGGAGAAUCGAGGCAGCAUGAGGGUGUCGGAGAAGUGCGGUGGGAAGGUCGUGACGAUCUGCGAGAAGAGCGUGAAGGUGUGGCGGUUCGACGAGAAGAGGGAUAUGGCGGUCUGGAGGUUCGACAAGCCUCCAGUGGUUCCGCCGUCGGCUUGA